AUGUCCUUUCGAAGCCUAGCUCCGAACAGUCGAUCGCCUUCGAGUCUUGGUUUGGCUCAAUUCGAAGGCAACGGGACUCCUGAUAGAAGAGAUAUCAUUCUCAAAAGACAUUUUCAAGCCGUUUUGGAGAAUCUGGUCCCGUCCACUGCCGCCGCCCAAUUUCGACUCUCGCACAGCCCGUUCCUGAAUCCCCAGCAAGGCUCUACCAUCACCGAGUCUUCUCUGGUCUACGCCUGUCCUCCCCCUUCCGAGCCAGUAUGCGAUGGCAAUACGGUGGCAGCUGUUCAGAGUGCAACCGGUUCUAGAGCGGCAGUAUUCGGGGCGACGCUUCUCGUUCUUUGCCCCGACUUCUUCGGAAACAAGCCUAACCUCGAUAGUGCUGUUCAAUUGUGGAAGACGGAGCAUACCCUGGGCGACAAUCUGUCGCGCGGCUUUGCACUCGUGCAUGAAGUUCAGCAUAUGAUCCAGGCAACCGAGUCAGAAGAGGAACGAUGCGACGACUUGCAGGACCCGUUUGAGGAUAACAAGGACUGUUAUUCGGCUAGCUGCACGGAACCAUUGUCCUCCGAGGUUCCUGUGACUCCUACCAGCAACGUUACUACACCAGGCGGGGUUUCUACAGAGCCGCUUACAUCAGGUAGCCCUAUUACCACUUCGUUCAUCGAGACCGCGACCACGUCAUCGGCAGCACCAACUACGACCGUCAGCGGUGGUGCCACAGUGGUAGUGUCUGUUGGCGCAGUUGUUGUUGGCGGACCGGGAGGCGGAUUCAUCUCUGUUGGUGGAGCCUUGAUCCCCGUUGCUGCCGGUGCUGUCGUAACGGCCAAACCUGAGGACGAACAGAAGCCAACAGACCCGGAUGACAAGUCGAAAGAGCCUACGUCCACUCCAACCCCGACCUCAACCUCUACUGAGUCAGAGUCAUGCAGCGCACCAACUACAACAGCGACGUAUGGUUCAGAAGGAAAUGCAGUUUGUAGGGAUUUGUCUGGCAUGAGUAAUGAACAGCUUUUGCAACUCAUCCCACAGUAUGGCCAAGUCAACUCUUCUGCUGAGCCUGCACCAACCUCUACACCAGGCGCUUCUAAUACUACCGCCAUCAUCUCUGGUACGCCUUCACCUUCGACUUUCUUGACGACACUAUCUCCCAAGCCAGAAGUUCCGACAUCCACUGUAAACACUACCUCAAUCCUGGUGACAAUUCCAGCCCCCAAUGGCUCAAGUACGCUGGUGACUGUACCAAGUAUACAGACACAUGUUCCCUUUAUCGGUGAUACCACCAACUGCAACCUAACAGACAAUGCGGUGCCCGAAUGUCAGAACUUGGUCAACGGGAAGAGGGCUUGUCUCUACUCUCAGUAA